AUGCAGUGGGUAGGUGUUCUUGCUUUCUGCAUUCAUUGGCUAAUUUGCAUAUAUGCAAAUGCUGAAUCCAGUGCUAUCAAAGGACAUUUAGAACAUUUUGGUUCCCAUCGGCAACCAUUGGAGGGGAUUGAUGUCGUCGAGACAAAACUGAACAGUUCAGUAUUUUAUACAAAUUAUGUACAAAAGAGCAAACCAUUAUUGAUUAAAGGGGGAGGAGUUAGAUGGCCAGCAACAGAACUAUGGAAAGAUGAGGAAUACUUAAUAGAAAAUUUUGGGGAGGAGGUGUUCCGGGUUGAUUUACGGAAAGUGUGGGAUGAUGAGCACCCGCCACGAAUGAACAUGUUCCUGAAGGAUUUUUUAAAGACUUAUAAAGAGAAAGCGAUUUACUUGGAUUCUCCGUUUCCAUCAAGUGAACUGCUCCAUGAUGCAUAUAUACCAUCUGUGUUGGAAUGCAGUGAAUUCUCUUCAAAGAUUGAAUCUGCCAAUCUGUUGUUCAGUUCUGGGAAUACCAGCUACGUGCUACAUCAAGACGGUUAUGAAAAUAUCAUCACGCUGGUGGCAGGAAAGAAAAAGUUCUUUCUGGCUCAUCCCAGGGACAGUCAUAAGCUGUAUGCAAACCAGUUUACAACGUUACCAGGAUUAUCACCAGUUCUACCAGACAAAGUUGAUAUGGAGAAGUUCCCGUUAGUUGCCGAUUUGGAAUAUUAUGAAGUUGAAAUGGAGGCUGGUGAUCAACUAUAUGUUCCUAUGUUCUGGUGGCACCAGGUGAGGUCAUUCAACUCCCCAAAUAUUGCUGUCAGCCUGUGGUUUUACAUUUUUGAUCAUGAUGAGGACCUAACGAGAAUGAAUAUUGAUCCAGAUAUAAAUAUAGAGGAAUCAUCACUAUUGUAUCUGAAAUAUAUCGCUAAGCAACCUGAUACCAUCAAAUGUAAGAAGAUGUCUAAAAAUAAGAAGUUGGCUGUGGCGUUGAAAGAAAAUAGACCUGAAGAAUAUCAAAACGCCAAUGUUAUGAUAGAGACGCCACCCGAUAAAUUGAUGCUAAGCGGAUAUACAUUACCUGUUCUAGGAUUUGGAACUGGUUUGUUAUCUGAUAAAACCUACCAAGCCGUGAAAUAUGCCCUUGAAGUUGGAUACAGGUUGAUAGAUACUUCACAGGGUUAUCCCAGAUCUGAGGAGGACAUUGGAAAGGCCAUAAAAGACUCAGGAAUUCCUCGUUCAGAAAUUAUUAUUGUAGAUAAAGUUCAUCCAAAAUAUCUGGGAUACCACUCCACCAUUAAAUCUGUGGAGGAAAGUUUGAAGAAACUUCAGACUGAUUACGUUGAUAUCUUUUUAAUUCACUCCAUUGACUGUGAUGAUUUUCUACUGACGUGUGAUAUGGACAAGUUAGAAGGAACUUGGAAGGAUACAUGGAAAGCGCUUGAGGCAUUAACGAAAGAAGGAAAGAUCCGGAGCAUUGGUGUCAGUAAUUUUGAUUUACCAUUGAUGACUGAAUUGAUGGAGAUUGCCACAAUACCUGUAUCUAUAGUACAGAAUCAAUUUGAUGUUUUGAACCGUGAUGAUGAUGUUCGUAAAUUUUGUUCUGACCAUAAUAUACAGUAUAUGGGUUACAGUUCUCUGGGUAGGAUGUGGACUUUUGAGCAUAACGUCGCCGAGAAUCCUGUACUUAAUAACCCUGUGAUACAACAUAUCGCUAUUUCGCAGCAGCGAACAGUACCGAAUAUUGCACUACGCUGGGCAAUCUACCAUGAUGUUAUCGUCAUACCGUCUUCCGCAAAUGAGCAUCAUAUUUUGACAAACAUUCAGUCUUUAGAAGUUAUUCUCAAUGAAGACGAGAUGGAAGAAAUGGACAAUAUCCCGGUAAUUGAUCUGGAUAAGUUGGACAAUGCAAUGGAUUUAGCUGAGAGGCAGGGAAAGCUGAAAAAUGGACAAUUUCUGACGAACAGUGUUAUUGAAUUUAUUACUACCUACAUGAUUGAUGUGAACACGAAUGAUCCCAACAUAGGUACAUGCACUACUGAAAAUUGUGGAGAAAAUGAAAACAAAUAUACAGAAUCGGCACAGAAAGAAUAUGAAUGGGUAAAGCCGGAUAAACCUGGAAGCGCAGUGACCCUGUAUGAAAAGGUCAACUUAGAAGAUGAGACCAUCUAUUUUGGUGCAGAGAACUCCUACAUGUACGCUAUGGAUGCUAAGACAGGAAAUAUCAAGUGGAAAUUUCAAACAAGUUACUCGGAUCUUGCUUCCUGUGCAGUGUUCAGUCAAGAUGGCAGAACUAUCUACUUUGGUGGUGAAGACGCAUACUUUUAUGCACUAAGUGCAGUAGAUGGCAGCGUACAGUGGACCUUUGAAACAGAUGGCUCCAUUAUAAGUUCACCUGUACUAGGUGUUGAUGGUAGCAUAUACUUCGGCAGUGUGGAUGGAAACAUGUAUGCACUGUAUCCUAAUGGUCAACUGAAAUGGAAAAAAGAUUUAAUCGACGAGAUCUGGGCAUCUCCAGAUAUAUUAAAUAUGGAUGAUAAAGAAUACAUCUAUAUUACAGUGUUGUCUGGAUAUGUACCAAAUAUAUUUGCAUUGGAUGGCAAAGACGGUAGCACUAUUUUCUCGAUAAAUGUUGGAGGCGAUGGACUGUUUGCAUCUCCUCGAUUAAGUCUUGACAAUUCCACUGUUUAUUUAUGUGAAAUAAAUGGUAGAAUACAUGCAAGAGAUUCUCGCAGUGGUCAACUGAAAGAAAUUGUUCGUAUUGAGAAUGCAGAAAUCAAUUCAACACCUGCUGUCAAUCAAAAUGCAGUUAUUGUUGCAACAAGUAGUGGGAAUGUGAUAGGUCUGCAUCUGGACUCACUCAAUACUAUUUGGGAGACAUUCAUCGGAGGCAACAUAAUGUCAUCACCAUAUAUGGGUCCUAAUAACAAAAUAUAUAUAGGAUCAGGAGAUGGUAGAAUCUUGGCAAUUAAUGAAACUGAUGGUGCUCUGAUUUGGUCAAAACAAACUGGUAAAAAAGACGUCUGGUGCACACCAAGAUUGGACAAUGAUGGCCGACUAUUUAUCGGUGCCUUUGAUGAACACAUGUAUGCAUUGAAUGCUACAACUGGAGAAGAAAUAUGGAAGACCAAGAUUGGCGCUCCAAUCAUCGGUUCACCGUUAAUAACAUCAAAAUAUAGACAGUUAACUCCAUGGGAAAUAGCAAAUCUGUGAUUUCAGUCUUGUUAACUAAAAAUAGUUGUCAUGGUAAUCACUCUCGUGCUCUUAAUCCACCAGAUUCCCCAUCCAAGUUGUACAUUUUCGUAUCGUAUAAAUUUUGAUCAAUGAUGAGGAAACACCAGAUACUUUACGGAUAAGAGACUAUAAUGUGUAGCAGUCAUAACCAUAGCAACCAGCACUAUAUAAAAUAUUUAUUCAUAUUAGAUCACUAGCAUGGGAAACUGAUUUAUUCAUUGUUCCAUUCAUUGAUACAUGUACACAAGGGUGGGCUUAGAUACCGUAAAAUCUGUAUUAGAAGCCGCAUCCCUAAUAGAAGCCAUACCCAUACUUUUUGAACAAUUGAUACCUAAAAAUUCACCAUUUCUCAUAUGUGUAGAUGCUCUAAUAGAAGCCGCAUCCCCUCUGUUGCAUUGUACCAUUUUAUUAGAAGCCGCGGCUUUUAAUACAGAUUUUACAGUAAUAGUAUAUUCUUGAUGACAUAGAAUUGAAAGUCAGAAUUUUCUGACCAAUUUUCAAUUUAGAAUAGCAGCCAGAUAGUGCGUAGAGUGUAUGUGUCAUUUAACAUUAUACUUCUCUCCCACAAUGCUUUGCAUAUGUGCGGUAAAAUGUGUAUUCGUCUGAAACUCAUUUGACAUGCUAAUAUAUCUAAGAUUACUUUACGAUAGACAGUAAGUGUAUGAACAUUUUCACGUUUUAAAACACCACUUCUAGAAUGGUCAUACCUCUUGUAGCAACCUAAAAGAAAUUAACUGCCAGAAAGAAAAUAAAGAUACAGUUUGUAAAUUAAAGCUCUAGGUACCAGUUGUGGUUCAAUGUAUUUUAUGCAUUGUAUCAUGGGACCUUCGCCAUUAAGACUCUACGUUUCUGCUAAUUAAUACAUUGAGUGAAUUUCAUGGCAUUUCAACGUUUCAGUGUGGUUUGAAUUCAUGAACAACUUGAGGAAACUAAUUGUAAUACACCAGGUAUUAAUCAAGAAAUUGUGAUCAUGCACACUUGUAUUUUUUGCACAAAUUUCAUAUUUUUUUAUUACCAUGUAAAUGCCUGAUUUGAUGAUGCUCAAGUACAGUACAGAUUUUUAUAUACAGAUGCAUGCAUGUACAUGUAUAUAACAUUAUU